AGAAUACUGCUAAUACUAAAAUGUUUAGCGAGGUGUUUCACCAGUUUAUUUUUCUAUAAGUUAUAGCUUCAGCUCCUAUGAAGUGAUUUCAGAUCAUCAGCGAACUGUAGCUCCAGACUGACACUGAAGGGAGUAGAUACAGGACCUUCACUUCAGUAACAUAUCAACAAAGACUUGUAACUUCCUGUUGAACAUUAAAUGUUCUUGUGAUGUCGGGACAAUUAAAGGAUGACACUGGGGAAAGAAAACUGAGAGUAACCCUUUUGAGUACUGAAUGGAAAGCUUCAAGCAAUGGAGACUUGACAACCAUCAACAGAGAGCUAGCAAUACAGAUGGCUAAACAUCCCAAUGUGGAAGUCAGUGUCUUUGUACCUCAGUGUAGUGAAGAGGACAAGAAAGAUGCUGAUAGCUACAAUGUUAAACUCAUUGAAGCAGUUAAACUGCCUGGCUUAAAACCAGUUCUUUGGCUAGCCUCUGUACCUGAUGGCCAUGCUAUGGAUUGUGUUCUAGGGCAUGGAGUAGCUCUUGGUCGGCUAAUUCCACUCAUAAAGAAAAAUCCAAAUUACAGUCAUUGCAAAUGGAUUCAAGUUGUCCAUACUGCCCCUGAAGAAAUUGGCAUGCACAAAAGCAUUUCUGAAGGUCAACAAAUGCAGCAAACAGAAAUAGAACUAUGUGAAAUGGCUGAUCAAGUUGUAACAAUUGGACCCAAGCUAACUGAUGCAUAUGAGCGCCAACUCAGAAAACAAGACGUUUUUAACCUGACGCCAAGCAUUUUCACUGAAUUUUCAGGUGUGCAGCACGCAAGCGAGGAAAGAAGAAGAUUUUGUGUCUUAGUUACUGAGAGUGGUGAUAGUGAAGAUUUUUAUGUCAAAGGGUACGACAUUGCAGUGAAAGCUAUUGCUGAGCUAAAGGAUAAAUCUUACCAACUCAAGUUUGCUUCCAAACAGAGAGGAAAAGAAGAUGAAUUAGCAAACAAGUUACUUCAGUGUGGUAUUGAUUGUAAUCAGCUAAUGAUCUGCAGCUUUGAUGAAAACAGGGAAACAUUAGCCAACUUAUUAUCUGCUGUGGAUAUUGCUAUAUUGCCCUCAAAAACUGAGGGAUUUGGGUUGAGCGCUCUAGAGGCCAUAUCUGCUGGUCUUCCAGUACUUGUCAGUGGUAACUCAGGAAUUGCAGAAGCCUUAAGGAAGGUGCCUAAUGGGUCACAGUGUAUAGUGGAUUCAGAGGAUCCUGCAGACUGGGCCAGAGCAAUUAAGGCUGUGCGUUACAAAGAAAGCAAUGUACGACUCGCAGAGGCUAGGAUUCUUCGUGAAAACUAUUUGCAGCAGUUCAGCUGGGAGAAGCCCUGUAAUUCCCUUGUUGAAAAGAUGUACAGUCUUGCAUUUGAUGCUUUAUCCUCUGAAUUCCACUCCACAAGUUCAAGCAGUGAAAGUCCACAAAAAAAAGAACAAUGGGAAAAAAGUGAACAGAAGACAAAGAUUAUGGAGGCAGUGAAAUUGGAAGGUACUUCACCUCUCACUGUAGUAUCUACCACUGGUCAUGGAAAAGAACUAGAAGAACCAUGGCAAGGGAAAGGAGAAAAAAGUGAACAGAAGACAAAGAUUAUGGAGACAGUGAAAUUGGAAGGUACUUCACCUCUCACUGUAGUAUCCACCACUGGUCAUGGAAAAGAACUAGAAGAACCUUGGGGAAGGAAAGGAAGUUUUCCUGUCCUUAAAUUUUCGACAUAUUAUCUUGAGGUAUUACCAGCUGAACUAAGCGAUCAGCUUCAGAGGCUCAGAAUGGAAGAUACUUUUUUCUACCCUGCACUCUUAACCUCUGAACUUGAAGAAAAACUAAAAGAACUACUCACAGAACUUGAGCGACAAAGAGAUAAAGGUAGUUUACCUCCCACUAUUUCCACCAUUGAAGUAGAAGUAGACGAACUACUCAAGAAAUUUCAGAAAUGGCGGAUCGAAGGUGCUUUGUCCUCUGAAUUCCACUCCACAAGUUCAACCAGUGAAAGUCCACUAACAAAAGAACAAUGGGAAAAAAGUGAACAGCAAACAAAGAUUAUGGAGACAGCGAAAUUGGAAGGUACUUCACCCCUCAUUGUGAUACCGACCACUGGUCAUGGAAAAGAACUAGAAGAACCUUGGGGAAGGAAAGGCAUGUUGCCUCUUCCUGGAUCUCUCACCUUUGAUCUUGAAGAAAAACUAGAAAAGCUUUAUAUGAAACUUCUAACGAUAAAAGGUGAAGUAAAAUAUGCUGUUAAAUUAAAUUUCAUGGCAAAUCUAAACCAAGAAUGCUUUUAAAUACAUUUAGUUCUCAUUCAAAAUAUUUUUUUGAAAGGAAAUUUCACCCGAUUUAGUUUUCCCUCACUCUGUGUUUUGCUAGAAGGGAAUAUUGAGAUGGUAGAGGCUGAGGAUGGUGAAACAGUAUAUAAUGAUAAACUAAGUUUUUUCGGUGUUGAUCCUAAAUUACGCCUUAAAAAACCGACAAUUAGGUAAUUUAGAUAGAUUUUGUACAUCGUAUACAAUCAGUUAAUCGCAUGUUGGUUUGACCUGUUAUCGUGUCACUAUUAAAAGUAACACCAUGAGUUGCACUUUGUACCUUACCCCUGAGGGUUGACUCCAUUACUACGGACACCCUAGCGGGGAGAUUUAGUUUCUGUAAUAGCGAAGAGUCUGUAAUAACGGGGUAUGAGAGAUAAAAUAAAGUUUCCAACGUGGCCUCACAAACGGGAAAAAGAUCAGGCCGCAAGCAGGAAAUUCUCAUGUUCACACCCAAUUGAAGAAUGGUUUCUUUAUUUUCUUUUUUCAUAAUGUCGCUUUAUAGUAUGUUUGUCAGGAUUUUGGAUGAAGUAUUAAGUGUCUGUUAUAGCGAGAGAAAGAACAAGAGAAAUGUCGUGCUGUGGGGCUUGAAAGUGUCUACAUUUUGAUAAAAGGAAGAGUCCGUUUUAAAGGGAAUUUAUUUCGUUUCUUCAUGCUUUUCCCUAGGGGGUGGCUCUUGUUUGCGGUGGCGAGGUGUCUGUAAUAGUGAGGGGUGCACAGGGCGAGAGUCAACUGUAGAUUAAUCCAAAUUUGGCAUUGUUUCAUUCUCUACUUUAGCUAAAGAUGGUACUGAGUCGGCAUGUGGUAAAAAUACAUAAUGGUUGUUUUCAACGAUGA